AUCGCUUCCGGUGAGCGCGCAGACUUCGAAUUUCCCGCCGCCAGACAGAGGAAUGAGGGAGCGCGAGAACCGGCGUGUACUCCAUGAUGGCACCAGCCCGCUGGGCAUCAGCUGGAGCUGUAACCGUGCCGACACAACCUCCCUCAUAUCCGUCAUGGGCGUGCAGCUGAUCCACGACGGAGGCACAGCCUCCGGCACCAGCCCACCCCAUCCACACCUCUCACCGCCCGCCAAGCGGCCCCGGCACGGCACCAACACCGGUCCCGGCAAGGAGAACCAUCCUCACAGCUUCCUCGUGUCCAAGAGGUUCCGUAGAACCAACCCUUCGGCAAAUGGUGGGAGCCGCUCCUGUGAUGAGCUACCAGAUGAGCUGCUGCUGCUGAUUUUCCGCAAGCUCUCCCUCCCUCACUUGCUGAAGGUGUCGCAGGUUAGCCGGCGCUGGCACAGACUGGCGUGCGACCAGGCGCUGUGGUACAGUGUGGAUCUGAGCUCGGCCACUCUACCCGCGGGGACUCUGGGCCGAGUGCUGGCGUCCGGAGUGAUGGUCCUACGCUGCCCCCGCUCCUUCCUGGGGGAGCCCGGCAUCACCAACGACAGCCCAUUGCUGCUGCAACACAUGGACCUGUCCCACUGCAUCACCACCCCCCAUACGUUGCUGCAUCUGCUGCGUCGCUGCCACCGGCUCAUCGGCCUCAGCCUGGAGGGGCUGCAACUCUCCGACCCCGUGCUCAGGGCCGUGGGCCAGAGCCAGGAUCUGCUCCGACUCAACGUGUCCAGCUGCUCCGGGUUUGGCCAUGACGCCCUGCACCACAUGUUGUCCAGCUGCUCCAGGUUGGAGGAGGUGAAUGUGUCGUGGUGUGGGUUUGGACGGCCCCACGUGGCUGUGACGGUGACUCAGGUCCCAGAGACGGUCACACAGCUCAACAUCAGCGGCCACCGGCGGAGCCUCACCGACACCGACGUGCAGGUCCUGUGUCAGCGGUGCCCACGGAUCACCAACCUGGACAUGAGUGACAGCUCGAUGCUGACCCCGGCCUGUUUCCCGUCCCUCCAGCAGCUUCCUCACCUGCAGCACCUGGGCCUGAGCCGAUGCCACCAUAUCCCAGCAGCAUCUGUGGGGGAGUUGGCCCAGAUCACCACCCUGAAGUCUCUCAGCAUCUUCGGACUGGUACAUAACUCCACGCUCAAUGUGAAGGACCUCAUCCCACAGAUCAAGGUCAAUGCCUUCCCGCUGACCAGCAUCGCUCGGCCCACUCCGGCCCAGGGAAAGGCCAGGACGGUGUGGGGCAUCAGCUGCCGACUGGCUUUACGUACAUUCUGAUGGUCCAGCCUGUGUCAGCCACGGCUGUGUAUUGCCACUGGUCCUGGGGAGAGUGCCAGCUGUCUGUGUGCCGGCAUAGAGUGGACAGUGCUCCCCAAUCACAGGCCAGCGGUGGGGCCGGAGGGCAGGGGUCAGCAGUGAGCUCGGAGCGGUCAGUGAGGGUGGGGACAGUGAGCUCGGAGCGGUCAGUGGGACAGUGAGGGUGGGGACACAGAGCUCGGAGCGGUCAGUGUGACAGUGAGGGUGGGGGCAGUGAGCUCGGAGCGGUCAGUGUGACAGUGAGGGUGGGGGCAGUGAGCUCGGAGCGGUCAGUGAGGGUGGGGACAGUGAGCUCGGAGCGGUCAGUGAGGGUGGGGACACAGAGCUCGGAGCGGUCAGUGUGACAGAGGGUGGGGGCAGUGAGCUCGGAGCGGUCAGUGUGACAGUGAGGGUGGGGGCAGUGAGCUCGGAGCGGUCAGUGAGGGUGGGGACAGUGAGCUCGGAGCGGUCAGUGUGACAGUGAGGGUGGGGGCAGUGAGCUCGGAGCGGUCAGUGAGGGUGGGGACAGUGAGCUCGGAGCGGUCAGUGAGGGUGGGGACAGUGAGCUCGGAGCGGUCAGUGUGACAGUGAGGGUGGGGGCAGUGAGCUCGGAGCGGUCAGUGAGGGUGGGGACAAUGAGCUCGGAGCGGUCAGUGGGACGGAGAGUGGGGGCAGGAGGUCAGCGUGACACAGGGUGGGACUGGCGACGGAGCUGUCAGUCUGAAUGAUGGAGGGUGGGUCUGGGAUGCCAGGGUGGGGACAGAGAGUCUGUGCGGUUGGUGUGUCACACAGCCUCUGUGGACGUGGCGAGGCCAACUGUAACCACUGGUGAGACCUGGCCCCAGCUGCCAUUCUGCCCAUCCCUGUGUUGUCAGCCCAUCUGUACUGAUUCCCCAGAUCACUGUUCCCUCACCUGUUUCACAUACAAGCAAUAAACAUCUUCACAUUC